CACAGAACAAUAUAUCUUUAUGAGGGCCAUCAAUCAAUUAUCACAAUUUACAAAUUCUCCUCUUCAGCAAUUGAUUUCUUCAAUAUGAGGACUCAAAUCCCAACUAGCGAUAUGUAUCUUGCUAAAGCGCGGGCCGCUCUCAAUGUUCAUGAUUGCAUGACCAUAUACGACAAAUGGGCCGCUACUUACAACGCCGAGGUUGGCGACGAGGCCCAAGAAUACGUCGCUCCUAUCCUUGUCGCCCAAUACGCUCUCAAAUCCUGCAACAACUCCACUAAAGGCGCUGUUGCGAUACUGGACGCUGGUUGCGGAACUGGGCUUGUGGGCCAAGCUCUUUCUCUGGCUGGUGCAAAGGUCAUCGAUGGACUUGACCUUUCUUCCCCCAUGCUUGCAGUGGCAAAGCAGACGGGCGUCUAUCGCAAUCUCGGGCAGGCGGAUUUGACUCGCCGCAUCGGAAAGCCAGACGAAACGUAUGACAUUGUAACAUGCGUUGGCACGUUCACUCUUGGCCAUGUUGGUCCUGACCCUGCUCUGAGAGAAUUUGUGCGAGUCACCAGGACAAAUGGCAUCGUGGCUGCAACGAUCCUGGACGAGAUCUGGGUGUCAGGAGGGUUCAAGGCCGAGGUCGAAAGACUAAGAGCCGAAAGUUUGGUAAAGGUGGUCGCAGAAGAGCUGAUAGACUAUGUAAAGGGUCAUGGCGACAAGGCAGUGUUAGUUAUCCUAGAAAAGAUUGAUGGCGGCUCAACGCCAUCAAGCGAUGGUUCUUGAGUACACACGCUGUCGUGUAAUGGUGUGCGGUUCAACCCUGGUCAAGAAGUCUUUCUCUAUCUCUCAUUAGUUCACAAACAAAAUAGUUUCA